AGAGUACCAGCCUAAGCCAUCCUAUUCGACGGCAGCGCCGUGCAAGAUCGAUGGGCCUGGAUGACGCAGAGCUUGUGCGUCCAGAUUCUGUGUCAGUGACCUUGCGCUGUCCAAUUUGCACAGAGGUGUUUGCCGAGCCUGUUUUCUGCAGCGUCUGCCAGCAGGCCUUGGGGUGAUUGAAGCUGCGGUUGUCAGGCUGCGAACACGGGUGGUUGGGCAGCAAAAGCGCAAGGUUGCGUAGCCGAGGUCUUUUGUCAAGAUUGCAUUGAGAAGGCAAUGGCAAUGUGUGAAGCCGCUUGCCCAACUUGCCGCGCUCCAAUGAAGCGCCUUCAGCCAAGUUUGGUUGUCGGCUCGCUUCUGAGUGAGCUCCACGUGCGAUGCAUGCAGCCGGGGUGUUAUUGGACUGGUCGGCGAGAUGAGCGACCUGCUCAUGGCAUGCAAUGCUUGGCAAAGGAGCUGGGGAAGAUUCAGGAGUUGAGGCUGCAUUUGGAGCAGAUGAGGGCGGCGCUGGCUUUCAAGGAGGACGAGCUGUUAUCGUUACAGUUGCAGCUCAGAAGUUGGACUGACCACGCGAACGCGCUGGAGAACCAGGCAAAGCUGAAGCAGCUGCAGCUUAAUGCGAAGCAGAGCAUGCUGGAGUUCACGCAGCGGGAAGUGGACGAUCUGAAAUGCCAGUUGCAGCAGACCAUCAAGCAGCACCACGCAAGUCAUUUUGGACACUCGUUACUUCCGCUAAUAUUCAUUCUGUUUUUCUUGCUCCAUGUUUGGCUGUUCUACGACACGCUGCCAGCAGUUCUCGGCAUACGAGAUUGCCUUCUGGCUUCUCCAUAAACUGCCAACUGCCAGUGCGGCGUCUAGAGAUUGUAGCAUGGGCAGCUGCGCGCUGAGAUUUUGCGGGUGGGCUGACACGAAAUGCAUGUUAGCGCUGGUGGGAAUGAAUUGUUUCGUGCAGCCUGCUUCUGGGGAGAAUGUUUUUCAUUCGCGAAUUUAGGAUUUCUAACGUGAUGCCAUUUCCCUGAGAGCCUGAGGAAUAUCCCAGGAUGCGCAUGUUUCUGUGAGCUUGGCAUGGCCAAUGCGCAGUGCGAGUGGCACUUGUUUGAGACGGGCUUGGGGGA